AUGACAACCUUCACAAUCCCCAGAUCAUCCCUCUCAACCCUUACCGGCAAGACAGUCCUCAUCACCGGUGGCUCAUCGGGCAUCGGUCUUGAGACCGCUGAGCUCCUCCUCUCACUCUCCCCCACAAACAACAUUGCCAUUCUCGACAUACAGCCGCCAGCCUCUACAUCGCGCUUAUCGGCGCCCCCAAAUGCCAACCGCACCCUCUUCCACAAAUGCGACAUAGCGUCCUGGCCGGAGCAGCGCGCAGGCUUCGCCGCCGCCAUCUCCCGUUUUGGCCGCAUAGACGCUGUCUUCGUCAAUGCGGGAAUAGCUGAGUAUGGCGAUCAGUUCUUCCGAGACGGCUUGGAGGGCAGGAAAGGUGGGUUGGAGAGGUUCCGCAUGCUGAAGGAGCCUGAUAGGAGGGUUCUGGAUGUCGAUUUGAGGGCGGCGGGGGAUACGCUUAAGUUGGCGAUAUAUUGGAUGAGGAAGACGGCGGUGCGGGACGUGGCUGGGCAACAGAAGGGGGUCGGCAGCAUUGUGAUGACGGCGAGUUUGGCGGCAUAUUUGGCGACCACCGACGCGCCGGUUUAUAGUGCUGCGAAGCAUGGAAUCGUGGGUCUCAUGCGCGCCUUGAAAAACGACCUCGCAAAACACAACAUCGCCAUCUCGGUCGUAGCACCCGCCAUUACGCUGACACCCAUUCUCACCAGCCCAGGCCGCCGCAACAACGCCGACCCGGCCGAAUGGGCAGCCACUAUGGCCAAGAGCGGCGUGCCGAUCAACAAGCCCGAGAGCGUUGCUCUCUCGGUUGCUCAUUUGAUAAACCUCGGCAUGCAGGCGAAUGGGCAAGGGCUGCUGGUGCAGAAGGAUAGGAUGGUCGAUGUUGAGCGGGGGAUUGCGAAGACGAGGGACGCCUGGAUGGGAAAGGAGAUGUUGGAUUUGUUCCGCGGGGGGAGGUCGGCGCUGGUGACUGAGAAUAAACUUUGA